AUGUUUCAGAUUAAAUCAGAUAAUAGAUUAAACAGAUAUGAAUCGAUUGAAAUUGAACGCCCUAAGACAUCCAUGGAUCAGAAUAGCUUAGAAAGGGAGAAUCGCGAAUUAUAAAUUUAGUUAUAGAAAUUCAAGGAAUUAUAUUAAUAACAAAAGCAUUAUUUCUAAUGCUAAUAAGAGCAAUUUCUUGAUUUGCAAGAGAAGUACGAGGGAAGUGUAUCUAAGAUAAGUGAAUUGGAGGAGUAGUUGUAUUAAUAAAGUGAAAAUUAAGAGCAAACUUAGCUUUGUGUCUCUUUACUAUAAGAUCUUCAAGGCUUGGAAUAUUUAGUCAAUAAGAUGAAGCUCUUGAUACCGAAUAAACAAGCAUUAAAUUUGAUUGGCCAAAUCUAGAAAACCUAUGAGCAAUUAAGAAAUAAAGAAUCGGUUCCUUGUGAGCAAUAGAUUUAUCACAAGUUGUUAACAGCUCUCGAUAAGAAGUUAAACGAUAUCAUUAACAAUGACAAGGAAAAUUGCAACAUGAAUACGAAUAUUCAGGAGUCACAACCCAAACUGAAAACUUACUUGUCCUAAAAAAUGAUGUGA